GAUCCAUUCCCAUUAGUGAUAGUCGGCUGCAUAGAAGCUCUACGCAGCUCCCUCCUCUUAAUACACUUGGCAAUCAUAUCUACUGAUCUGGAACGUUAAUCUGGUGGGAAACUUCAUUUACAGGUCAUAUACCUAAGAAGAUAGAGGAUCCGACUGUUGUAGCCAUCCAAAGAGUGGCCCACAAAGGGAAUGUUUAGAUCAGUGGUUUUGCAUUCAAGCACUAAAUCUCACAGAAAAUCGAUAGUUAGAGUUGUCUGGCCACAUCAAUAUUUGUUCUAUGAUCUAUCCAUAUGGUAAGUUACCAGAUCAACGGUCCAGAUUACUAUACAUGCUUGCCACGUGCAUUGUGUGGAUGUAACUGCAUUAAAAUUUCAAUGGAGCGCAACCUGCUUAUUAGCACUUCUUCCUCUCCUUCUCUCGGAAGCUAGGUGGGACCCACCGUGAUGUUUGUGAGAAAUCCACCCGUACAUCCGUUUCACCAGCUCAUGUUAAGACGUUAGACCAAAAUUGAGGUAGAUCCAAAACUCAAGUGGUCCACACGACAGGAAAAAGUGGGGGAGGGAAAUGCCAACCGCUGAAACCUUCCUGGGGUCCACCUUGAUAUUCAUAUGCUAUCCAAACCGUUCAUAGGAUAAUUCCCAGUGGGAUGAACUAAAAACACACGAACAUUAGCCUGAUACAAAACUUCCGUAGACCCACAAACGUUUCAACGGUGGACGAUCAAUCCCCACUGUUUCCUGUUGUAUGGUCCAAUUGAUUAUUUGAUCUCCUUAAAUUUUGAUCUCAAAACCUAAAAUGAUCUACAAAAACGUAUGGACGGAGUGGAUUUCACGUAAACAUCACUGUGGGCCCCACCUAGCUUCCAACCGCAGGAACUUCCUUCCAUUGGGAGUGGCUGGCAAUCCGCGUCCCUCUCCUUCCUCUCUGUCAUAUGAGUUCUUCUCAUCUCUCUUCUUCGCAAAAUGCAAGCGCUUUUGAGAUCUCUAUCACACAAGACCUUCUCAACAAGAGCUUUUCAUCGCCGAUCAUUGCCGCAGCAUCCGUCGAUUGCAGAAGAGCUCUCGCUUCUCGCCCUCGAUGGCCGACUCAGAGAAGCAAUCUGCGUCCUUCGCCGGCCGGAUGCGGCCCACUUUCCGGCUACAUCUGAAGCGUUCCUUCCUCUCAUCCGCGCGUGCAUCAAAUUCAAAGCAUUUUCCGAAGGCCGCGAAAUCCACAAGCACAUCGUCGAGAGCGGUGUCCGAGCCGAUAUGAUUUUGCAGAACAAUCUGAUGAUCUUGUAUUCGAAGUGCGGGCAUCCCGACCUUGCCCGCGAAGUGUUUGAUGGGAUGAUUGAGAGGAACUUGUUUUCUUGGACUGCUAUGAUUGGAGCCUGUUUGAAUAGCGGCAGUGUGGCUGAAGCAUUUGAAUUCUACGAGGAAAUGGUUGUGGCAGGAAUUAGAGCUGAUCAUUUCCUAUACCCUUUGGUUUUGAAGUCGUGCGCUGGGAUGGGAACUUUGGGGAAGGGUCGGCGGGUCCAUGCCGAUGUUAUAAGAAGUGGGUUUUGUUGGGAUUUGGUCGUGAUGAAUUCUCUCAUAGACAUGUAUGCGAAAUGUGAGAGCGUGGUGGAUGCAGAGAGAGUUUUCGACGAAAUGGCCUUGAGAGACGUAGUCACUUGGACUUCGAUGCUCGUAGGGUACGUGCAGACAGGACACCAUUUAGAAGCAUUGGAUUUCUUCAAAGGGAUUCUGAGUUCUGACAUUAAGCUUUGCUCGGCUACUUUAGCAGCGAUUUUGCCUGUUUUCUCUGAUUUGGGUUGUUUGAAUUUAACCAGACAGAUCCAUGGAUUGAUAAUAGGAAGUGGGUUCGGCUUGGAUAAAUUCAUUGGGAGCGCUCUUAUCGACACGUAUGCAAGUUGCAGGGGUUUGGGGUACAGUCGGCUUGUUUUCGAUAGAAUAAAAGAGAGAGACGUCGUCUGCUGGAAUGCAAUGAUCAAGGGCUAUGCUCAGAUGGAGCUCUUCGAUGAGGCCGUUGAAUUGCUAUUGCAGAUGCAUGUAGAUCAGGUAAAUCCAAAUAAAACAACUUGGGAUUGCAUUAUUUCACAGUAUCUCCAAAGUGGGUCCAUCCGAAAUGUCCUGUUCCUGAUUAACAGACUGGAAAACGUGGGUAUAAGGCCGAAUUCGAUAUCUAUAUCAGCACUGCUACAGAUGGGUGAAUCUGUGGAUGACAUCCAACAUGUGAGGGAACUCCAUGCAUAUAUGCGUAGAGGCAGGUAUGACUCUGAUAAUGCUGUGGCUUCUCGCCUUAUAGAUAUGUAUUCUAAAUUUGGUGAGGUUGAAGUAGCUCGAGAGAUUUUUGAUCGCAUCAGUGUAAAUGAAUUGGGUUCUUGGAAUUCAAUGAUUUCUUGCUAUGCUAUCAAUGGGCACGCCGAUAGGGUAAUGGAACUCUUCGAUUUGAUGCAUAGGGUUGGUGUAGAACCUAAUGUAACGAGUUGGAAUGCUGGAAUUGCUAGAUUUGUUGAAAGAGGUGAUUUUGACACUGCUUUGGAAAUGUUUGCUGAAAUGAAGUGGUUGAACCAGAAGCAGGAUGUGGCAAGUUUCGAUAGUAUUCUUCCUGUAGUUGGAAACUUGAAUUGCCCGAUGCAGGGGAAGCAGCUGCACAACAUGUUUCUUAGAAACGGUUCCAAGAUGAGCAGAUUUGUCUGCACUGCCUUUGUAAAUAUGUACGGGAACUGCGGUAAUAUAGAUUAUGCCGUUAAGCUUUUUGAAUCAAUGGUAUGCAAGGAUAUCGUUUCAUGGAAUGCAAUCAUUUCGGGUCUUGCGAAGAACGGUUUUCUCGAUGAGGCAUCUAAAACUUUCCAUGAUAUGGAAACUGCAGGUGCGAAAGCCAACAUAAUCACUUGGACUUCACUGAUAUCAGGGUAUGCACAGAACGGGCGAAUCGAUGAAAGUUUAAAGCACUUCCGUCAAUUUCAAGAUAGUGGCUUAAGGCCCAAUUCAGUUACCAUCACUAGCAUCCUUCCAGCAUGCGCUCAAUCCGCAGCCUUAUCCCAUGGAAGAGCCAUUCAUGGUUAUAUCAUAAGAAGCGGACUUGGUUAUGAUGAUCUGUUCGUAUUGAAUGCACUCAUUGACAUGUUUAUUAAAUGUGGAUGUAUGGAGUAUGCAGAACGUGUGUUUAGACGACUGGGUGUGAGAGACGUCGUGUCAUGGAAUACAAUAAUUCAGGGAAAUGCAGUUCAUGGGAGGGCCAAGGCUGCCCUUGCCAUCUUCAAUCAAAUGCUGGUCGAAGGGAUUGCCCCUGACAGUGUCACUUUCAUCGGUGUUCUUUCAGCAUGCAGCCAUGCAGGGUUGAUCGAUGAGGGGUGGAAAGAGUUCAAUGGCAUGUAUUCGAAAUAUGGGAUCAUUCCAAGUGGGAAGCACUAUGCUUGCAUGGUUGAUCUCCUUGGGCGCGGAGGGCGCUUUGAGGAUGUCCGGAAUUUCAUCAUUCAGAUGCCUUUGCAGCCUACCGCUAGCCUUUGGGGCGCUCUCCUUUCAUCUUGCAGGACUCACAGGAAUGUAGAGAUGGCAGAAUAUGCAGCCGGGCAUCUUCUAGAAUUACAGCCUGAAAACCCAGGGAACUAUGUGAUCUUAUCGAAUAUCUAUGCUUCAGCCGGUAGAUGGGAUGGUGUUGAUCGCAUGAGGAAGAUGAUGAUCGAACGGGGAGUCAGGAAGCAGCCUGGCUGCAGUUGGAUUGAGGUCAGGAAUCAUAUUCAUGGUUUCACAGCCGAGAAUCCUUCACACCCAGAUAUGGAGAUAGUAACUAGAACGUUGCUGGAUUUGAUGGCUACCUUGGCAGAAGAAGGGUACAUCCCGAAGACAAAAGUGGUUGAUGUUGUGUGAUUUGGAACCACAGGCACAAUCUAAAAUAGGCCUUAGCAAUUGGGUUGAUCUGACCAGAUCAUAACUAACAUUCCUGGUGAUGCCCAGUUUGAUUGGAAUUCGGAGGGAUAUUCAUUUCGAUACUCAUGUGUACGUCCUAGACGCGGAAGCUGUUGAUGUCGUGUGAUUUGGGACAAGGGGCACAUUCCAAAACAGGCCAUGGCAUUUGGGUUGAUCUGAUCAAAUCAAAACUAACGGUCUUGGUGUCGUCAUCGAGUUUAAUCAGAAGGGAUACUCGUUUUGAUAUUCAAGAUACAAUUAAUCCUCAUCUUAGAAGGAUUGAAGACCAUAAUACAUCAUCCAAGUUUAUCUGAAAAAUGUUUGGAGUUGUUUAAAGUUUCAACGGUGAAGAUUCAAUAUCAGCUACGGACACUAAAAUGUGUUAAUCUCUCUUUCGGCCUCCAUCUUAAAUGCAUGAUUGGACCUUCCAUCCCCUAAUCUCUGGUGCUGCGAGCAAGAUGGUGGAAUUGGAAGUUUUGGGAGAGGCCGAAUUGGACACGCCUAACAUGUAUUUAUAUGAAAUUGGACUUUCUUACAUCCAAUUUAUUUUCAAUAAUAAUAAUAAAUACAGGAAUUCAUUGACUCUCA